UCUUGUCCAAGUUCACAGAUGUGACUAACAGAUUAGAAAUACAAGCAUGGGAGAAAAAUUACCAUGCCUGUACAUUAAAGUAUUACUGCCCGGGGCCCUUCAGCAACACUGUGGCCUAACAUAGUGAUUACAUAUUUAUAAAUGUCCGACCCUGGCAGCUGUCCCUGAUAACCAGGUUGCACUAUUGAUUAGAUGUGAUACUGUCUAAUACCAUGCUUUUCACUUUUUAAACUCUGUUUGCAUAUAUUCACACACAAGCUGUGCACAUGAAAGGCAGCUCUUUGUCAUAAUCAUUCAGUUUGGUUUAUGUCCAUAAAAAAGCAGCACUGUUACAAAUGAAAGCAGAUAUUAUUUCAGAAUGCCAAUGGACAUAGGUGUGUUAUUUGUUACUCUCCUGCUGUAUUGAUAAUGAGGAUUUAUUAUGGCACAGUUGACAAUGAGUGCAACGUGCAUGCGUUAGUGGGAGGGAUUAUCCAUCAAGUAGGGCAAGUGGCUGAGACUAAGGACUGCAAUUUCAUCCAGCCUAGUUCGUUUUAGUCAUCUGCUCAGUGCACAGACGGGACAAGGAGACCAAUUCCAGUGCUGCUUAUCUGUCAAAGCCCAAAAAGGCUAAAGUGAAAAUGGUAAAGUACAUGCGACAGCACAGCGAGCUGAAACCCGAGGAGGUCUUGUCGGAGUCUGAUGCGUCCAUGGACCAGCAAGAUUUCGGAGAAAUGUCCGACUAUUCUUUCAGCGACGUUUUAUACUCCAAAUGUUCCGCAAUGGACCAAAUCGGCACUUUUAUGAAGAACGUGCAAGUGCUGCUCGAUGCAGCAAAUUACAUAGAAAAUAUCGAGAAGAACCACGGAAAAUAUGAGCAUGGGUAUGCUUCUAUAUACCCAAUCACCCAGACUGCACAUCAACAGAAACAACGUAAAUUUAAGAACAGGAAACUGGACAACAUUCACAAUAGGUCAGCACACAAUGAACUGGAAAAAAAUAGACGAGCACAUCUCCGCCUGUGUUUGGAAAGGUUGAAGUCCCUCAUCCCUCUGGGACCAGACUGCAGUCGGCACACCACACUGGGGCUGCUCAACAAGGCCAAAGCACAUAUCAAGAAACUUGAAGAGAUGGACCGGAGGAGUCAGCACCAGCUAGAAACCUUAGAGAGGGAGCAGAGGCACUUGCAGAGGCAGUUAGCCCAGCUGCAAACUCAUGGAGAGAGGGAAAGGGUGUGUAUGGACAGCCUGGGCUCCCAGAUGGACUCUGACCGCUCAGAGUCGGACAGAGAGGAAAUUGAAGUUGAUGUGGAAAGCACUGAGUUCUCCCAUGGAGAAAUGGACAGUGUAAGCACCAGUGGUGUAAGUGACCUGGAUGACCCUAGCAGCCAACAGAGCUCAGCGAGUGACGAGGGCUACUCCACAUGCAGUCUAAAACUGGCCUUCUCUGCAUAAAGCACCAGCCUAUACAUUCACUUGAGCUGCAGUCUUUAAUGGCUUUCACCUUUCAAAGUACCAGCCUACAGCUUCAUUCUCUUUAGCAGUUUAGGUUGUCUUCAAAAGAAUCAGCCUCAAUCCCACCUUUACCUGACAAAUGAAACAUCUACUCCCCCCC